AUGAGGACAUCGCGGGUGUCGCAAGAAACGGCCAAACUGGUUCACGCAAUAUCGCCUCCAAAGCGACAAACGCGUAGCUCUUUAGCUGCAUCUGCCCUGCGUAAUUUCUCGUAUUCCGACAAUCGAGUAGCUCCAGAGCCGGGCGAUGAUUCCUCUCUAUCAUCUGCAAACACAGAGGAUAUUGAGGAUCUCAUAGAACCUCUGGCCAAAAAGCGCAGACGCAAUUCAGAGACACCAACAACUAGUAUCAGCUCAGUCUCCACCACAAAGCGGAUCAAGAAGGAAGUCACUGUCAAAACGGAAAUCCCGGCUACAAAGGCCAAAAAUACCAGCUCUAAGCAGCGGCGACAACCAGCGAAGAAAAUCAAACGCGAAGAUGGCUCCAUCGAAGUCCAGCCACCGUCAAAUUGGGAGACUAUGUAUGACAUUGUCAAGAAAAUGAGAGCAGCAAACCCGACUGCUCCAGUAGAUACCAUGGGUUGCGCCGAUCUCCAUUGGCGCACAUCACCGCCCAAGGAACAACGAUUUCAUACUCUUGUUGCACUUAUGUUGUCAUCUCAGACAAAAGAUACAGUGACCGCUGUCGUUAUGCAACGGUUGCAUACUGAGCUUGGCCCAGAGGUGGAGCAGACUUCGACAACCGUGUCACCGUCGAAAAACUUCAUCAAGAAAGAAGAAUAUGACGACACAGAUGGUAUAAAGCUCGGCAGUACAAAGACAGGUAGCACCUUGACAGUUCAAAAUAUCAUCGCAGUCUCACCAGAGCGACUGAACCAAAUAAUCUGGGCGGUCGGCUUCCACAACAACAAAACAAAAUACAUCAAACAAGCUGCUGAGAUUCUGCGCGAUCAGUACGAUUCUGAUAUCCCUGCAACACCCGAGGAAUUGAUGAAACUGCCCGGUGUAGGCCCCAAGAUGGCCUAUCUAUGCAUGAGCGCUGCAUGGGGUAAACACGAGGGUAUCGGUGUCGAUGUUCAUGUCCAUCGCAUCACGAAUCUGUGGGGUUGGCAUGUCACAAAGAACCCCGAAGAGACUCGUAUGGCUUUGCAGUCAUGGCUUCCUAGAGAUAAGUGGCAUGAGAUCAAUAAGUUGUUGGUUGGUUUGGGGCAGACAGCCUGUCUUCCAGUAGGAAGAAAGUGUGGUGAAUGCGAUCUUGCUGGUACAGGAUUGUGUAAGAGCGAGAUUAGGGGCAUGUUAGUCAAGACAAAGAGGGAAGUGAAAGAAGAGGCUAAAGUGAAGAUUGAGGCCGUAUAG